GGGGCCUGGCGUGCGCCGGGUGGUCUCGCGGGGGGCGGCAGGUGAGCGGCGGGCGGGGAUGGCGGAGCAGUGGGAACUGGACGAGGAAGGCAUCCGCCGCCUGGGGGCGCUGACGCUGGAGCAGCCGGAACUGGUGGAGUCUCUUUCAUUGCAGGGAUCUUAUGCUGGAAAAAUCCAUUCCAUUGGUGAUGCCUUCAGAAAUUUUAAAAAUCUCCGAUCCUUGGAUUUAUCAAGGAAUUUGAUCACUAGCCUUAAGGGAAUCCAGUAUUUAUGUUCACUCCAAGACCUGAAUUUAUAUUAUAACAACAUUCCUUCAUUAGUGGAAGUGUCCCGUCUACAACCGUUACCCUUCCUCAAAGAACUGGAUUUGAGACUUAAUCCUGUUGUAAGGAAAGAUACAGAUUAUAGGCUCUUUGCUGUAUAUACACUACAAACUCUGGAGAAAUUAGAUGACCGAACUGUACGUGAAGGUGAGAGAAAAGCUGCCAAGCUGCAUUUUAGUCAGUUGGGCAACAGUGAAAAUUUUCUUUUAGAGGUGGAAAAAAGCUCUAGGGAGAAGACAAUGAAAAACUGUGUAACAGGUGAGAGCCCUGCAUCAAAAGUCAGUGCUAAUGUUGACAGCAGGAUUGAAAUGGACUCAAACAAGGGACUUUUUAUUCCCUUCCCCAACCGGGAAAUAAAGGAUUCCCUAAGUACUUCUGCAACUCAGGACAAUGGUACACCUGAUCAGAAAUUAGACACGUUCCCACUGGGGACAGAGACACAGGAAGUAGCAAGAAGGGAGAUGCCAAGUGACAAUCACCAGGAAGAUGAGUUCAGACACUACUCACCUCGUCAGUCCACAGUCCGAUCCCCAGAGAAGAUGACUAGAGAAGGGUACCAAGUAUCUUUUUUGGACAAUAAGUCUUCAGGUUCUUCUCCAGAAAAGGAAUUGAUACCAAAACCCGAUACUUUUCAUCUUACCCAUGAUGCCUCAUUGAGUAAACGCCUGGAUGUGGGUGAUUCUAGCCAGAUCCAUCCCUAUCAGUUACCUUCAGAUGUUGGUCUGGAAAAUUGUGACAGUUGUUAUUCUCAAACUCUAUCCCUGCAUGGAAGUCUUGGUAAAAGGCCUCAGAGAAGCAAGAACUAUCAAGAGUAUAGCAUAAAGCCUUCAAAUGACAUAAAGGCCACCGCUUCACAUUCCUGUGGAGACUUAUUAACUUCUCUGUCAAACCCUGACUCCAGCACUGGAAGGCUUUUGAAGCUUAGUUCAGAUCUGUAUGCCACAACCCAUUUCAACAGUGACCCUGCUGUACUUGUCAAUGUAGAGCAACAAUUAUCUACCAAUCUGGGUGAUUUAACACCAGCACAUGGUUCUGUCCCAAACAACGCUGUCCUGGGAAACAGGACAACUCCUCUGCGGACACUGCUGUUGUCUCCUGGGACUUCAGAAGACAGAAAGAUUUUUACCAAGAGGUCUCUAAGCCCAUCGAAGAGAGGAUUCAAAUGGAAGGACAAUAUCCUUGCCAACCUGAAUCUAAAGCAUGGUUUCCGAGAUGCUACAGGCAGCGAGCCUCUCUCUAGUGACCUGGGUAGUUUGCACGGUUUGCCUGGAAACCACAGUCCCCCCAUCUCUGCCAGAACCCCCCAUGUGGCCACUGUCCUCAGACAGCUCCUGGAACUUGUGGAUAAGCACUGGAAUGGCUCCGGCUCCCUCCUCCUCAACAAGAAGUUUCUCGGUCCUGCCCGAGAUUUGCUUCUGUCUUUGGUAGUCCCGGCUCCUUCUCAGCCGACGUGUUGCUCACAUCCUGAAGACACGACAAAAGCCUUCUGCAGGAGGGAGCUUGAACUGAAGGAGGCUGCGCAGCUGGUCCCUAAUGACAUGGAAAGUUUGAAGCAAAAACUGGUCAGAGUGCUGGAGGAAAACCUCAUUUUGUCAGAAAAAAUUCAACAGUUGGAGGAAGGUGCUGCCAUCUCAAUUGUGAGUGGGCAACAGUCACAUACUUAUGAUGAUCUUCUGCACAAAAACCAACAGCUGACCAUGCAGGUGGCUUACCUGAACCAGGAGCUUGCCCAGCUGAAAAAGCUGGAGGAGACAGUUGCCGUUCUCCAUGAAAGUCAGAGAUCCCUGGUGGUAACUAAUGAGUAUCUGCUGCAGCAGCUGAAUAAGGAGCCAAAAGGUUAUUCCGGGAAAGCGCUCCUGCCUCCUGAGAAGGGUCACCAUCUGGGGAGAUCAUCGCCCUUUGGGAAAAGCACGUUGUCUUCCUCCUCACCAGUGGCACAUGACACUGGUCAGUAUCUAAUACAGAGUGUCUUGGAUGCUGCCCCAGAGCCUGGCUUAUGGAGCUAGCAUGGAACUCACACCACAGCUUCCCUGGUCCACAGAGGCUCUCACCGCCAUUGCCACCAGUAUGGUGGUAUGUACUCACAAAGAUUAAGAAAGAAAUGUAUUCUGAUUAGAUUGU